GAGGGAAUAUUCGUCCUCGUCUGUUUCUGCUGGUUAGGAGAGGCGGCUGUUUCGUCUUUCUGAUCUUUGUAAGCAUUGUAGCUGUGCGAUGGUCCUGACCUAAUUCAGUGGAAAAUAAGCAGUAAAGAUUCUGCUGCUUCUUCAUUUUGUCUGCCUAAAUAACACCCUCUCUCUCGCAACACAUGAGGCCUCUGCUGAACUAGUAUUUGUUAAUUUCCCCACUGUACAUUGUGGGGUGGAAUUCAAUCGCUGGAUAAAAUUUUGAUCAUUCGCGUAUUAGACUGUAAGCCCAAAAUAAAAUUGAGUGCAAUGGAGGAUUAUUACUAUGGAAGCAUUGACGAUGAGAACUCUGAUCAGUACUCUGAUCGAGUUGACGACGAUGAUGAAGAAGACUCUGUUGAUGGGCUCCAAGACCAAGAACUUUGCAGCAAAGAUCCCUCCUGCACGGUGAUCAGACAAGAGUCUCUUCUAGCUGCACAGAAAGAAGUCUUGCAAAAAGCAAUGGAUUUGCUGUCCUUAAAGGAGCACCAUGCGCGGACCUUGCUGAUUUAUCACUGUUGGGAUGUUGAAACAGUUUCAAAGGUGUUCGUAGAGAGAGGUAAAGAACGGUUAUAUUCAGAAGCAGGUCUAUCAGUCAGGAGCAGCAAGGACCUUAACUCCUCUCUGUCUUCAGACGAAGUUACCUGUCAAAUCUGCUUUAAGCAUGUCAAUGCUUAUGAGUCCUCGAUGAUGGAUUGUGGCCAUUGUUUUUGCAACAUCUGUUGGACAAAGCAUUUUAUCAUGAAGAUACAAGAGGGUCAGAGUAGACGGAUUACAUGCAUGGCCAACAAGUGCGAAGCAAUUUGUGACCAAGAAAAUGUUAGAAAUCUAGUUAGUACAGCAGAUCCUCAUCUUGCAACAAUGUUUUAUAAGAUUCUUUUAGAAUCAUAUGUUGAGGAUAAUAAGAAAGUAAAAUGGUGUCCUAGCGUUCCUCAUUGUGGAAAUGCAAUUCGUGUUGAGCGCGAUGAAUAUUGUGAGGUUGAAUGUGCUUGUGGUGUACAGUUCUGUUUCAGCUGCUCAUCUGAAGCUCACUCGCCUUGUCCAUGUUUGAUGUGGAAGCUUUGGAAGGAAAAGCGCCAGGAUGAAUCAGGGAUGGUUAAUUCUACGAAUACCAAGUAUUGCCCUAAAUGUCAUAAACCAGUGGAGAAGAAUGGAGGAUGCAACCGAGUGCGUUGUUUGUGUGGACAACAAUUUUGUUGGCUUUGUGGCGGAAAAACUAGCACAAGUAUUGCAGAUCAUCAUCCUUGUGGCCAAUAUAAAGACGAUAGAUUGGAGAAAGAUGGGCUUGCAAAAAGGCAACCUUGGGGCUAUUCUCACAGUUGUAUUCAGUUCAAAGCCCACACAGACUCUUUGGAGCUUGAAGCAAGGUUGCAGAGCAGGUUAAAUUCAAAAAUUGAGAUCUUGGAGGAAAAGAACCAUGAAUUAAGAGAUUUUAGCUGGGUGACUGUUGGAUUCAAUAGACUUUUCAGAUCAAGGAGGAUUCUCUCCUAUUCUUAUCCUUUUGGAUAUUACAUGUUUUAUGAUGACCAAUUCAAGUACGCAAUGGAACAGAAUGUCAGGGAACCAAAGCAGAAUCUUUUUGAGAACCAUCAGGAACAGCUUCAGGCUAAGAUUGAAAACCUUUCGGAACAGCUUUUUGAUGAUUGGGAAGAAAGGGACGUCCUCGAUACAAGACGGCAGAUUAUUACUCUCUCCACUGUUAUCAAUAACCUCUGCAAGAAUUUGUAUGAUUGCAUCGAGGAAUUAUUGCCUCCCGAGCAUAUUAUAGUUCCAUAUAGGUCUAUGGGAGUGAAGAAAGCAUCAGAAUUUCAUUAAAGGUACUCUGUAACAGGUGCUUAACUAGAUGCAAGAUGGAUGAGCAAUGAUACAAAGUUCUUGACUUGCAGCCUUUGGAUUGGGUGAUUUUUCUUCCCUUGAGAUGGUUCGGCAAGAAGCUCUUGGUGAAUGCUUCAUAUUAUAUCUAUAUGCAGCUGACACAAUAGAGAGGAGAUGAUAUAUUAACAUUCUACUUGGUUUUGCUCAUAAGUAGAGUCAUUGAUGACAUUUUGGCUUAAAAGGGUUGAUUUUCCAAGAGAAUGUCACAGAGGUAAUCGUCGAAAGAAAGGAAAAGCGUGGCCGUAUAUGCCUUUUCGUUGCAUAUAUGUCCUGACUUCGCUGCCUUGUCAAUUUUGAUUUCUAGAGUCCUUUCCUCGAAUAUUUCUUGCCUUAUUUUCUGCCAAUGUUUAUAACUUUUGAUGAGAUUUAUAAUCUGGAUAAACAGUAAACCUUAUAUUUCUGUAUAUAUUUCCUCGGUCAAAUACAAAAAUAUUGAUAAA